CUCACCUGACGUGACCGCACCUGAAGCUGAGCGGAACUUCCGGAGUUUGGGAACAACAAGCAGAAACAGAACGAGAAGAAGAAGAAGAAGAAGAAGAAGAAGCAGCUCGGAGCGUCGCGUAUCAGGUGUCACAGGUCAGCAGCUUCGAACAAUCAGUGGAGGACGGCGGGGUGAACAAGACCAGACGGACAUGUCUCUGCUGACAGACCAUCGGCCAGAAGGCGCCCAACUCCUGACAAGAAGUACCAAGGUGGAGGAAGACGGGGUGAAGAAGACCAGACAGAGCGAGGGAGAGGACGGGCUGGCGAGGUCGGCCCCCAUGGAGUCCAGCACGUUGCUGUGGCGCGGAGACAGACAGACAGGUGGAGGUGACAGGAUGAGCAUGAGGUCAGAUGUUUCUGGACACGAGGCGGCGAGCUGCACAGAAAGCGAGAGAGAACUGACGGCAGAGGGACAGAAGAAGGGAAGGGGAGGGGGCGAAGAGGAGGGGGCGGGGCUGUUGAUACACCUGGAGGCGGAGCCUGUGGAGAACCACCUGCCCGAGAAAGCAGCUCAGGUGUUUAGUCCAACAGUGACCGUCCUGCAGUCCCCAUCCUUACCCAGAGACAGUGAGGCACUCUGGGAAAUGGAGUCAGAGAAGAGUCCCUUCCUGGGUCCCCGAGGAGUCCCCCAGGACUACAACCAACAUGGUUACCAGUACGAGUGGACCAAGGACACGACUCCUGCUUUAUGUGGGCGGUGCUGUCCCAGCAGGGAUGUCCUGAAGAUGGGCGUGUCCCUGAUGACGUCAGCACUCAUCUUCCCCUUCCUGGUGUGGGGGGGGUUUGUCUUCCUGCCAUUUGAUGCCCCCCUGCUGGAUGGCGCCCCCCUUAGACUCGUCUACACUCUGCGCUGCUCCGUGUUCGCCGCUGCGCCCAUCGUCCUGGGUUGGCUGGUUCUGGGGGUCAGUCGGCUCAGGUCAGGUGUGAUGCGGCCCCUGUUUGAUGAGGAUGUGAAAGGGGCGGAGCUUCAUGAGGUCAGCGUCCACCGCAACUUUGUCUCUGACUCUGCCUCCCUGUUCCUGAUCUACUUUCUGCAGCUGGUCGUCAUGGCGAUGUACCUGAGCCAGGAGCAGUUGAAGCUUGUCCCUCUGCUGACCGUCGUCUUCGCGUUUGGACGGCUGGUUUACUGGGUGGCGGCGGCGUUCGGCAGCUCUGUCCGCGGUUUCGGUUUCGGACUCUGCUUCCUGCCGAGUCUUGCCAUGAUGGCCGCCAACAUGUACUUCAUCUUCACGGUGGAGGCGGCGGGUUCCAUCUUCAACCUGCAGCCUCCGCCUGAGGAGGCGCCGGCACCGACUCCACCCGCUGGCAGACAGAGGUUCUGGGGAUGAGAGCUGAUCAAUACUCAAUAACCUUCCUGAAAUAUUUUUUAAUGUUUUAAUUAACGAAACUUUAAAAAGAAAGAUCAAAUUUUAAAAAAGUUUCUAUGUAUAAAGUUCUAUUAAGAAAUGUUUAAGUUUAUAGAAUCAUACUACAACCCCGCCCACGUACCAUAACCCCGCCCACGUAUUGUAGCCCCACCCUGUUUGGAUAUGACCUCCUUCCUGUUUACUUCGUCUGUUUUCUAUGUUUUGCUUUGUAAAAUCAGUUUAAGUUUUGUGAUUAAUAAAUAUUUGACGCUCUGAAUAUAAAAACUUUUAUAUUUCACAAUAAAAGCAUGACACUCACUGCCA